AUGGACUCCGAUUCGGACUUCUACGGGGACGAGGAAACUGUUGCGAAUCUAGAGGCGCGUGUAGCUUCCUUCGACGUCAAAGCCUUCUGGAAGGAGCAAGGUCUUCUUGGCAUGGCCAUGCCUCAGAGACAGGCGCAACCUCAACCAGCUCCUGCUACCCUUCACAACCCAUAUGAAGGCUGGCCAGAUGCGUGGCAACUAACCGAGUCUAUUGAGCAAUUCCUUGCUCGGCUUCCCCCGGAGACCACGGAUGUUAGCGAAGAUAUCGGGUGGAUCUGGAUAUGCAAUCCUUUCAUUCGUCGACGGGGCAAGGCUCUUGAUGACCAUCAGAAAGCUGGCCGAGGGGAGGAUGAGGCCCCAGAGGAGAUGGGCACUCAACUGGCACUCUUCAAAGAAGGCGGCACCGAGAGGCUGCACAUGCUUACAGAUUUUGUCAACCACGCCAAAAAGAGCGGCAAGGCGAAGACGGCAAUCUCCCGCGAGGUGAACCAGGAGCGAGAGGCGGCCGUGCAGCAGAUCUAUGCCCUUGCGCAACACUUGCGUGUGAGAACGGGCAAGGUGAUUGAUUAUGCCCCGAUAGACAAUUCUGCAAAGCUCACAAGGUUACAGUGGAUGCUCUUCGUGGAACCAAAGAAUGUCAAUGUAGUCUGGGAGAUUGUGGCUCGAGCUACAGCCCAGAACGAACUGGGGAUUGCGGCAAAGGUCGCCCCUAGGGACGGUGCAGACUCAAGACGGGCUCACCUAAUCUGCAUAUACACCUACAACUUCAUGGACAAAGAUGAUGUAGGCAGAGUGCUGGUGCGUUUGAGACAGCUGGAGCUCGUACGUACUGGCGGUAAGCCAAUCUAUUACAAGGCUGAUGCCCUUACCCACCUCGGCAUCAACAGUGGCAAUGUGUGGGAGUUUCGAGCGUCAUUGUACAACUCCAACGAGAUCUUCGGAUAUCUCAAAUCCAAAGAACAUUAA